CAUAUCAUAAUCCAACUUUUGUUCUUUACUGAAGAACACAAUUUGUAUGAUGAAAAACAUUGUGCUCUUCUGUGGGAAAAAAUAGGAUUAUGUAUUGUAUUGUACUGUACUGUAGAGAAAGUAGAGUCAUGGUGCAUAUGACAAAAGCUGAAAUAAUGCUCCUUCUCUUCCAGCAUCUUCCAAUCCUAACCUGACCUUCACUUUUCAGGAUAUUGUGUGUUAGGGAUACUCCUAGUAGCCCCCCUCUUGCCUCCAACCACUGUGAAAGUCUUCCUGUUUCCUCGUAUUAUUCUGACAUGUGUAAGGUAACAAUUUUGCUUCUCAAACUUCCAGACAGGAAAAAUCCAUGGAGAUGUCCUCCAAAGAAGCUUUCUGGAGUAUAUGGCCUGCCAGUACGAGUGCCAGAAAAUGACGUGUGAGGAACCCUUCUCAUGCCCAGCUUCUACUCCCAAAAUGUUGGCUGUGUCAGUGGAUGGGAAUAGGAAACAGUACCGUUUCCGACAGUCACAGAGGAUCGAUGAACCACUUUUUAAAGGGCCGUUCAUCAUGGAAGACUCGGCUGUCACAGACUUUGUUGACAAAGUCAGAACAAAUGUAAAAUGUACCCCAGGAAAAGGUACAUGUGGCACCAGCCAGUGGUCAGCUGAUCGAGAGACAGCAAGAAGAGCCAGCAGGCUUGAUGAAGAGGGUUUAGAGAUGGCUGUAUGUAGACAUGGAGUGCUACUGAAAGCUCUCAACAUGUUCAGAGGAGAAAUAUUUGCCUACCUCUUGUUCCUUGAAACGCAGUUUCAAGCUACAAACGUGCAUUUUUAUUGCAAAGAUAUUGCUUGUAAAUACUGGCCCUACCUCGAGAAAGUGGCAAAGACAAUGCCAGAACUGCGACCUUUGCUGAGCAUGCAACCGUUUCUCUUGGUCAUGCAUGCCGAGGCCCAUUCCACAAAGUGUGAGAUUGUGUGGAGUGGGAGAAAUUUGGAGGGUGCUGGUUCGACGGCCGGGGAAGAAGUGGAGAUGGUGAACAGCUUUCUGUCACGUUGUGCCAUCACAACUAAGUACAUGACAAAAUCAGCUCACAAUGACAUGUUGACUGUCCAUGCAAUGGGAUGGAACAGACGGAAGCAGGAAAACCUUCAUGUCGUGUUGGCCAAGAGAUAUGUCAAGGUAAUUGGCCAUACAAUCGCAAUGUUGGAGGGUGAGACUCAAAAAAUGAAGGACACCUGCGAAGAGCUUGGAUGCCCUGAGGACAAAGUCCAACAAUGGACAACACAUCAGGCGACAAUCAGUCUCUCCAGAUGUCCAUUGAGCAGCUAUUUCUAGGGCUGUGCCAAAAGAAAGCUUGCCUCUCUAUCGACAGACUGACAACAAUAAGAUUUGGCAGUUGCGUCGCAAAAGGUUAGGGGAGGAAAAGACCAAACUCUUAGCGGCAAUACGCCAGUACAACACCGGACAGCCUCCUGAAGGAGAAAUCCAGGAAGAAGAGGUGGAGAGAAGACUGUCUGCAGAACAGCAAACAACAGACAGUCUAAUAUGGCCAUGGGAAGUGCAAAGUGAUGAAUCAGUGUCCAUUUUGGCCCAAAAAAAAGUCUUUGAUGCCUACAUGGGCAAAAGGAGACUUGUGGAGGAGAGGGCCAUAAUUGUGAGGGAGAUGAGGCAGCACUGCCUUUAUCUGAGAAGUCAGGCUGACAAGAUCAGGAUGCAGAUGCAACAUGUGUCAUGUGGAGGACAUAGUGACAUGACUCAAGAAGGGAGAGAUGGAUUAGCCAGUCUUCUAAAGAAAAGACUUGCUGACGUGGACACACACAUCCAGCAUCUUUCUUCGGCCUACAGCCUGGCAAUCGGACCAAAUGCCCCUCAAUGGCCUGAUGAUUCUGUGGAGAACCAAGACAGUGACAUCAGUGAUGACAGUGAGGAAGACCCUGAUGAGGACAUCACACACACCCUACCCCCACCUUGAGGAAAGGACGCUGGGGCACAGCGCCUCUCUCCCCCACCCUACCCCCUCCUUGAGGAAAGGACGCUGGGGCACAGCUACCC